GCCAUCGACCAGUGCUCCAGGGGGCCGGGCUGGUUCUCGGACACGCAUCGCUGUGACCUCAACAGCACCCAGUGUGUCCCCCAGGAGAGCCGCGGCUUCGUCCUCGGGAGAUACCUGUGCAGGUGCAAGCCGGGUUUCUAUGGGACCGGCGGAGUGGCCAGCGGUGCCUGGGCAGGUGUGGCAGGGACAGACAGGGGGUCCCGGCUGGGGUGCCAGCCGUGCCGCCCGGGCUGUGCCACCUGUGAGGAUGACACGCCCUGCCUGAUCCAGGAGGACCAGGUGCUGCGGGCAGCCGUGCUGUCGUGCCAGGCCUGCUGCAUGCUGGCCAUCUUCCUCAGCAUGCUCGUGUCCUACCACUUCCGACGGAGCAAGAGGAUCCGGACAUCAGGAAUCAUCCUGCUGGAGAUCAUCCUCUUCGGGUCCCUCCUCCUCUACUUCCCUGUGUUUAUCCUGUACUUCAAGCCGAGCAUCUUCCGCUGCAUCGUCCUGCGCUGGGUGCGGAUGCUCGGCUUCGCCAUCGUCUACGGCACCAUCACCCUCAAGCUCUACAGGGUGCUGAAGGUGUUCCUGUCGCGCACGGCGCAGCGCGCUCCCUACGUGUCCAGCGGGCGGGUGCUGCGGCUGCUGGCGCCCAUCCUGCUGCUGGUGCUGUGGUUCCUGGCGGCCUGGACCGUCGGCAUGCUGGAGAACGCCCGCAGGAACAUCCCGCUGGUCAUCCGCGCCCAGACCAGCCGCGGCCUCCACUUCUCCAUCUGCGGCCACGACUGCUGGGAUUACAUGAUGGUCAUCGCCGAGAUGCUGUUCCUGCUCUGGGGCAGCUUCCUGUGCUACGCCACGCGUGCCGUGCCCUCGGCCUUCCACGAGCCCCGCUACAUGGGCAUCGCCCUCCACAACGAGCUGAUGGUCUCUGCCACCUUCCACGUGGUCAGGUUCCUGAUUGUCCCCUCGCUGCACCCGGACUGGACUCUGCUGCUCUUCUUUGCUCACACCCACGGCACCAUCACCAUGACCCUGGCCCUGCUCUUCAUUCCCAAGUUCCUGCACACGGGCUCGCCGCUGCGGGAGGAGAUCACGGCCGAGGUGUACGAGGACGAGCUGGACAUGCGGCGCUCGGGCUCCUGCAUGAACAGCAGCAUCGCGUCCGCCUGGAGCGAGCACAGUCUCGACCCCGAUGACAUUCGGGAGGAGCUGAAGAAGCUUUACCGACAGCUAGAGGUGCACAAGACGUGGCGGAUGGCGACCAACAACCCGCACCUGGCCAAGAAGCGCAGCUCCCGCCGCAGCCUCGCCCGCUCCAUCCUGCGCCGCAGCGGUGCCGAGCUGGCCGAGAGCGCGUCCCGACGCAGCAGCGGCGGGGACCGGGCGGGGACCCCGUCCCGCCGCAGCUCCUCGGCCAAGCGGCUCGUGGAUGCCUCCGGGACCAGCCUGAGGAUGCGGGACGAGAGCUCCCGGCGCCGCUCCUCAGCCCUGCGCAAGUCCCGCAGCUCCGAGGGACCCCCGCGGGAGCCCCGCCGAGGGUCGCCCACCCCCAGCCCGCCCGAGGAGCCUCCGCCGGCGGCGGUGACCGACUUGGAGCAAUCCGACAGCGACUCGCUGGACGCCGCCCCGCUCCUGUGCAGAUCGGCCAGCGCACAAAACCUGGCGGGGCACUGGCAGCGACCCCCGGGCCGCGCCCCGCCGCUGCAGAAGUCGCACAGCGUUGUCACCGGGGCGCGGGAAGCGGCGCUGCUGGCCGCCCGCAGGGCCGCCCGCGACCAGUGGCACGGCGGCCGCCACCUCUCCGCGCCGGCCCCGGCGGUUCCCAGCGACACCGCGACACCCCCGAGCCCCGCCGAGAGGGGCCCGCAGGAGGACGCGGCCCCGCCGGGCGAUGCCAAGGGCCACAAACAUGUCACCUACGCGCCCAUCAAAAGCGUCAGCGUGGACAGCGCCCACCCGGCCAGGAAGGUGCGGGUGACCGUGAAGAAAACCCCCCCUCCGCCCCCCGUCCGCUACCAGAGCCUGCAGCGCUCGGGGACGCUCGGGGACAGCCCGGAGCCACCCCCGGGCCCCCCGGCACAGGCGGGAGAGGCGCAGGGGACAGCAGGGGACGACCCGGAGCGCGCGUCCCCCCCGGCAGGGAAGGGCAGGCUGCUGACCCCGACCGCCGCCUCGGCACACGUCUGCCCCUGGGAGCUGGUCCAGGACGAGAUCCUGGGCAGGAAACAAAAAGCGGCCGAGGCGGCGGAGUCGGGGACCCCCGGUGACACAGCGGCCACCACCCCCGGCCCCAAGCCGCCCCCCGCGAAGAGCUUCCGGAGCCUGGGACUCGCCAUCAAAGCGCUCAACCGCUCCAGGGGGAAGAGCAUCCUGAAAGGGAAAAGCGAGGGGAGCCUCAGGAAGAGGGGCAGCAGCAGGAGGGAGAAGCCCGGCCUGGCAGAGGCCUCGGCCGUGUCCCUGGGGGGGGUCAGCCCCGAGGGAAGCGGGCAGAGCCUCGAGGCCGCCGCCCUCCAGCACAACAACAACGCCGCCACCCCCGGGGAGGCCGCGGACUGGGGCGACAGCGGGACAGGAGGACAAUGGGACAGCCUGGCCGCGGGGACAGGCGAUGGGGACAAAGCGGCGGAGGAGCCCAGCGCUGCCCGAGGGGACGCGGGGACUG